AUGGGUGUCGGCGCAUAUCUCCAGAUUCUCAAUGGUACACCAUACACUUUUACCAAUACCGAUCCGAGCAACACCGGGUACCAGAUGCACUCAUGGGAUCCAAGUGCUUCAAUCGCCCCAGGUACUUCGGACUUUUCGUACUUUGAGUUCAACGACGGUGCAACCGUUACCGAAAGCGAUACCCAAGUCACCAGCACUUAUACAGUCGGUGAUACGGGAUACUCUUUUAGCAUUCGAGCGGUAGAUGCGCCCCCGAGGCUGUUUGCCAGGGUCGAUGGUUUUUCGACUUCCAAAAUGCCGGAAGGCGAAUGGCUCGCACUCGGCUUUGUGCACAACGGUAGUAACCCUUUUGUGCUCACCGGCACUGUCAACAACAUGUUGUCUGGAUUUGCACCGACUGACUGGAUGCACCAAAACUUGGCCACUUUGGGUGGUUUGCCUUUGAAGCAAAUCUGUAUGCCAGGAAGCCAUGAUGCUGGUAUGGGUGUUCUUAACCCGGAUGGCGCAGCUCAAGAUGCCAGCGCUGCUCUUGGUGGUGGUAUGAUCCAGACACAGCCAACUACUAUCUACCAGCAGCUCGUGAACGGGUCCAGAUACCUUGACGUCAGGCCGGUUAUGGCUGGAGAAGGUGACUUCAGGGCCGGCCAUUUCUCUUCAAACUCAACUCUUGGCGAGAUUGGAUGCUAUGGUCAAAGCAUGAGCGACAUUGUUUCUGACAUCAACAAAUUCACUCAACAGUAUGCUGAGCUGAUUAUCCUGGACCUUUCCCAUGGUUAUGAUUCAACAAACGAUUAUAACGACCUAUCCGUCAGCCAGUGGUCCACCCUGUUCACUCAGCUGACCCAGGAUUUGUCCAAUCUCGCGUUGAUCAAUGCAGACUAUACAACAGGACUGGUGUUCAACAACACUCUUAACUCAUUCAUUGGAAAUGGGACGGCCUCUGUGAUAGUCUGCCUUGAUGUGGACGGCAUCGUACCCGAUGCAUCAUUCCAGGGCAAGGGCAUCUUUUCCCAAGCAAAUCUACUCACCUACAACUCGUAUUCCAACACUAUGGAUGCGGAUUCUAUGGAUAAAGAUCAGAUUUCCAAACUUGAGAAUUAUCCCAAAAACUCAAGCGGCCAAAUCAUUGAUCAGCUUCAUCUUGUAUCAUGGACCUUGACGCCACAAAGUCUCACCGACCCCAGCAUACAGAGCCUUGCUACCACAGCCAAUUUGAACUUGUUCAAAGACCUCCUUGGAGCUUGUACGCAGUCUGCUUUUCCCAACAUCAUUCUGGUGGAUUGGAUCGAGAACACCAACACGGCCGCGUUGGCUAUGACUAUCAACAACAAGGUCUACGGGAAUGCUGCCUCUGCGAAUACCCCCUCUCCAACGCAGCAGUACAUCUCGGCUCUCACUGUUCAGGCUUCCAACGCCUCAAACUUUUUCCCCACUGGCACUUGCGUGGACGUGAGCCCGGAUCAGGGCAGCCCGGACUGCAACAAUGGCUUCAGUGGAGAGUACACUUACGUCGUAAAGUCUUUUACUACGGACCCAUCUCAAGCCAUCACUGGAUUAAGCAUCGACAUCACUGGUGAUAGCAACCCGGCGCUUGGAGACAUGGCUAACGGAACUGGAGGCGACUUCCGUUAUGUUAUCACUUCGCAGAAUUUGACCUUGCCUACCAGGAUCAGUGACGUCCAGCUGUGGAGGUCGCCCGAUGACCCUGUUACCCUCGCUGAUGCAGUUGGGUGGGACGGAAUCAGUACAGACAUUAACCAUGGCAGAAGUGGCGCGUACCUCUAUCUUGUUUGGAAGAAUGCUCAGGUCUGA